AUGCGGUUCGGUGUAUGCUGGCGACUAGUACUUGCUAUUGUUCUCCUAAUCCUAGCACCUAUAGCGCUGCUGCUCUCGGUGUAUAGUAGUAGUCUUCAGCAUAGCGCUCAGGACUACUCAUUAUUUACCGUUAACACCUCUCGGAUUGGCUCCCACCUAUACACAGAGCUCUCUACUACGCUGAAAAAUUGUCCUCCUCGCUCAAAGAAAGUCUAUAUUCCAGGAGCUGGCGCUAUCGCUUCUGUUAUCACAACUGGUGCUAGCCAGAUACUCUGCAGCCUUCGUAAUGAGGUCGAGACUGUAGUUGCAGACAUCGAACAGAAUGUGCACGGAUCAUUCGCACAAGCUUUCCGACUCCACGACUUUUAUAGCUUCCAUCUCUUAAGCGUUUGCUACGGAUACUACACGCCAAGUGCUAUCUCCAACGCCACUUACCCGAGCCCUGGAUAUAACGUUACUGGCUGUUCUAAUCUGUCCGAUAAGCUCGAUAUACAACCAGGGUAUAUGCUUCGUCAAGACAUCGCGUAUAGCGAUGUAGCAAAGAUUGUGAAUCUGACUUCGCUUGAUUGGCCACCUAAGCUGGACGAGCAGAUGAAAACUCUUCAGUCGACCUUCUUAGCGCUCCUUUGGCUCGACAUAAUCGCUGCAGGAGUUACAUGCUGUUAUCUCUGCACUGUGGUUACAGUGAUCUUUACCUACAAGAAUACGAUCGCCGCUUUGGCAGUAUGGCUUGGCAUACCAACUUCACUACUGACUAUUAGUCUGGGAAGCCUCGCUACAUACAUGCGACACAAAGCUGUUGCAGUGGUUACUGAACUUGGAGCACCGGUCGGGGUUGCCGCGGGCGGUGGCUGGGCAUUCAUCGGGCUUCUAUGGGCGGCUUUCUCGGCGGAAUCAUUGGGCACGGUCCUCUUGUGGUUAGCACAGCGGACUACGUCAAAGUGUGAUUAA